GUUUUUCUUCAUUUUUGUCGCCGGAAAACUGAGCUUUUUAAGUAAAUUUGCCUCCGGAGUAGCUUAAAAAAGUUAGCUCAAGUAAGAGUUUUCCCGCGACAGGCCGGCCGUAUUACAUAACAUGGGGGGCUCAACCUCGAGGGCAGAACCCAAUCCAGGAGAUCGAAAGGAUCCGGACUUUACACGCUUCAAAGCCCGUGUCGAUCGGGUACAUAUUGGCGGCUUGAACCGAACGUAUGACGACUAUGUUAAGCGUGCCGCACGCCAUCUAUUCAAGGCUCAAAACUUUCAGGAUGUGAUCGUGGAAACGGCCAAUGUCAAGGACGAGCUGUUGCGAUUAGGCAUCUACAAGAACCUGCGCAUCUCCAUCGACACGAGUAAAGGCGAAGGGGCAACCAAAAAUGGGUAUACCGUGUCGUUUGUUGGAGAAGAGCUGUCCCGCAUUACCGGCAAUGUAGGGGUAGAAGUUGGCCAGAACGAUGGAGCAGCAACGACCGAACUGGUCACACCCAAUCUGUUCGGCCGCGGAGAACGUUUGAGCUUCAACUUCAGCCGCAGUUACGUGCGCAACAGUGUUUUGAACAUGAAGCUCACCAAACCGUUCCUACACACGGCCGUUGGAGAUUACGAUCCUGAGACCUCGCUCACUUUGUUCCGGAACUCGUCCCCGCACCCUUGGUCGAAGUAUCGCCUCGAGGACAACGGUUUGCUAUUCGAUUUCUCCUUCGCAGUGCCCACAUUCGGAUUCAGAAACAUCCUCCAAUACGAGCUGGGCAUGAAGGAGCUGUUUGCGCUCGACAAGCAGACUCCAUUCUUCGUGCGGGAGCACUGUGGGCCACGGCUUGUGUCCACCUUCCGUUAUAUCGGUCAAAUUGAUGGCCGAGAUGAUAGCGUUUUCCCGUCGAACGGCGCGUACUUGAAGGGCACGGUGGAACUGAUCGGAAGCCGCAUGUCCCAGCUCGGCAUUGUUCGGCAGGAUUUACACGCGGAGAUGAACGUCCCUCUGUUCCUUGGCAUGUCACUGCAACUGUGUGGCCGUCUCGGCGCAAUUUUACACGACAAAAAGAAGGAAUCACUGCCAAUUCAUCAGCUAUUUUUCCCCGGUGGACCACAGACCUUGCGUGGGUUUGAGCUUGCUGGAGCUUGUCCACGUCGGGAUGGCAUUGCUGCCGGUUGCCAAUCGUACUGGGCGACAGGACUGCACUUAUGGAGUCCGCUUCCAUUCAAUCAGUACUUCGGUGGCUUCGGCAAUCUGUUCCGGACGCACGCAUUCUACAACAUUGGCGCGUGUGACUCCUUCACGACGGAUAAGCUACGCAGUACGGCCGGCAUCGGAAUCGCGUUCCGGAUGGGUCAAAAGGCCCGCAUCGAGUUCAAUUACUGCCAGCCGCUUUCGUACGAAGUCGGUGACCGCGUGGUGAAAGGAUUCCAGUUCGGAAUUGGCUACGAAUUCGUCUAAAGGAAGCGUCCCAAGGCCUUGCGAUCCGUUUAGCCCUACUUUUUAUCUUGCAUUGCUUUCCGGUUCCUUUAGUCAAUGUUAUCUCUGUAUUGCACCAGUUGCUUUCUCCAAUGCAUUUCCGUUACAAACGACGCUAUUAGCCAGCCGGUCUUGAACCGAGAAUCUUUACUUUGACGCAUUUUCUCCGUGUUGUCCCGCAGCGCUUACACCAGUCAGUAUGUUUAAGUUUUGACCGACGAGUAGUGCAUAGAUGAAAUAAAUUUCCAGUGGCGUGAAAGUCAAUGGAC